UGCAGAAGAAAGAGCCUGUUGGUAACAGCGAUGAACUUCCAGAAAAUGCCCAGGAUGUAGACCAGUUAACUGCAGAAAUUUUGAGUACAUUAUCAGUAACCCAGAUUAAGAAACUUCGAGUCAUGAUAGAUGAGAAAAUUGCAGAAACUGACGCAGAACGUUUGCGUUUAGAGACUGAGAGGUUUGAAAGUCUUCGAGAAAUCGGAAACCUGCUGCACCCAACUGUACCAAUCAGUAAUGAUGAGGAUAAUGACAACAAAGUGGAGCACAUAUGGGGAGACUGUGAAACUAAAAAGAGGUACUCUCAUGUUGAUCUUGUUGUUAUGGUGGAUGGCUUUGAAGGCGACAAAGGUGCCGUAGUUGCUGGCAGCAGGGGCUAUUUCCUCAAGGGUCCACUUGUAUUUUUGGAGCAAGCCCUUAUCCAGUUUGCACUUCAGGCUCUAGCAGGGAAAGGUUAUACUCCCAUAUAUACACCGUUUUUCAUGAGGAAAGAAGUAAUGCAGGAAGUAGCUCAACUAAGCCAGUUUGAUGAGGAGUUGUAUAAGGUAUGCUAUAAACAAACUUUAAUGUUAUUUAAAGAUGAAAAGUACCAUGAUCGCAAACAUCGGAACAACCAAUUGCUGCUUUACAUCGUGAGGAAUGGUUGAAGCCAGAGGACUUGCCCAUCCGUUAUGCGGGCAUAUCAACUUGCUUCCGUCAGGAAGUUGGCUCCCAUGGAAGAGAUACUCGUGGGAUCUUUAGAGUGCAUCAGUUUGAAAAGAUUGAGCAGUUUGUAUUUGCUUCUCCUCAUGAUAACAAGUCCUGGGAAAUGUUUGAUGAGAUGAUCAGCACAGCAGAAGAUUUUUACCAAGCAUUGGGCAUUCCCUAUCGCAUAGUUAACAUUGUUUCAGGUUCUUUAAAUCACGCAGCCAGCAAGAAACUGGACUUGGAAGCGUGGUUUCCUGGCUCGGCUGCAUUUAGAGAGUUAGUGUCUUGCUCAAAUUGCACUGACUAUCAGGCACGAAGGCUGCGCAUCCGUUAUGGACAAACAAAAAAGAUGAUGGAUAAGGCUGAAUUUGUGCAUAUGUUAAAUGCUACUAUGUGUGCUACAACGCGAACCAUCUGUGCAAUUUUGGAGAAUUAUCAGACUGAAGAAGGAAUAACUGUACCAGAAAAACUCAGAGAUUUCAUGCCUGCUGGACUUAGGGAUAUAAUAACAUUUGUGAAGCCAGCUCCAAUUGAUCAAGAACUGACAAAAAAAACAAAGGAAACAGGAUGGAGGAAAAAAGAGUCAAAAUAG